AUGGUGUCAUUACUCACUGGUUUGCUUAGAUAGUUCCUGGAAAACAUGGAGUUGCCAACUGAAGAUAUAAAAUUUAUUACUGAUGAGACAUUUGACUUUGGGUUGUCUUCUCCUUCAGAUGGACUAGAAGAGGAAGACUUUGUCACUAGUCCUAGUGAGCCCAGUGAAAGGAGCUUGGCACAAACUACUGACAUGAACACCUUGUUGGGAGAGAAUGGGAGCAAGGCUAGAGAGCGGUGGAGCCUCCUGAGUCCUGAGAAGCUGGAGGAGAUCAGGAAGGAAGCCAAUAUGUUGGCUGCACAGAUGGAGAAAUGUAGGCUUUUGGAGAAGAAGAAUGUCAGCUCUGAUUUGACACCUGAGAAAGUACCAGGAUAUGAACCUUUCUCCCCAAUCAGACUUUUGCACGCAGAAAAUGAGGGCACCAGGAACUCCAGACGGAAGACUUUCAAUGUGAAGAACAGCCCGCUGAUAGCACUGCUGCCAACAGUGGGGCCUGAAACUCACUUGGCUCUAGAUUCCCCCCAAGUUCAGUUUCUGCAGGGGCAAAGUGCUACUUCUCAUGUUGCAGACUCUCCAGUUUCCAGAAAACUGCAAAAUAAAACUAACAGCUCCAGUGCGGACAGUCAGCUUUUUAAGAAAUCCAGGCCCAGCAAGUCUCCCAAUGUCUCAUCAACAAUGAUGCCUCACAAUAGUAAGAAGGUAUGGGCAAGUAAUAGAAGCAGUAGGAAGGGUAGACCGUCUCCACUUGCUUCCCCCAAAACAGCAGAAAAUCAAAAUAAGCUGCUGGAUUUCAGACCUGCCCUUCAAACCAAAAAGGGGGGACUUUUGAGGAAGAAGGAGGAAGCUUCUGGCCCAGCCUGUUCUGCUCAAGAACCAGAGUUGAAACUUCAGGAUUCACCCUGUGGAGAUACAGCGCUAGUAUCACAAGGAAAAGGAAAGCUAAGACCCAGGGCGUAUCCAUCACAGACUAGCCCUGUGAAGAAGUCCUCUUCUGUUCAAGAAAAGUUUCCUCUUCAGAAGGCUUUUACAAGUCAGGCUAAAAUGAUGGUGGGCAAUAUCCCACAACCACGAGCCAGCUCCACGCCCCACAGCAGCUCUUGCCAGACUCGAACCAACAGCACUCCCACAUCUGUGCUUGCAACCAGACUCCCUGUGCCAAAAUCCAUUCCAAAAACAACCAGUCACAUCACUGCUUCAGGAAGGCAUACAGUCCCAGGGAGGCCCAGCCAGCUCAAGCCAGUGAAGCCACCGAGUUUGGAGUUAUCUGGUGGGAAGGGAUCCUCUCUGCCAACCCUGACUGGGAAGAAAGCAGCUGCAUUCCAGCAGACACUUCCUUCUGGUACCUCUCAGAACAGCAGGCCCCAGCUGCCCAAGAAGACAAUCUCUGGCUCUUCAAGGUAAGGUUUUGUCUUUCUGCUUUCAAGCCAGGGGCAGGAGAAGACAACAGUCCAACCACACCAAUAUUUAUUGAUGGUUCGGUACUAUUGCUUGAUAUGCUGGAUGCAAAGACUGAAACCAGUAGGAAUGCAAAGUGCAUCCUCUUCUCUAAGCAGAUCCGCUCCGCUUAGCAUCAGCCUGUCGCCUUCUGUGUCAGUUCAGGAUGUUUGUCUGCUCACCUGAAAGUCAGAGGCAUUUUACAUACCUGCCAUUGUUUAUUUAAGAAGUCCAACCUUGUCAUUAGCCCCCAGUGCGCCUAAUGGUGUUGGUAGAUGUGCUUGGCAUUAAAAGGGGCUUGCGAUAUAAAUAGCAAUACAGAUUAUACAGUUUUUGGAUAAUAUGGAGAACAGAAAUAAGUCAAGAUGCUGCCUUAAAUUUGUAGAGCCCUUAAUAGCUUGGUUCUGUUCUAAUUUUUUUAUUUUUUUCAACUGAUUUCUCAAUAUAAUUAAAAUAUCAUAAAUAUACUGAACUAAGAAUUUGUGAGGCUCACCUAAAAGUCCUUUCUUUCCUUGAAGGUAACUAUGUUGGACAUCAUAAACUCCUUGGGGACCGGAACAUCUCAGGAUGGAAUUGAGUCGCAUGUC